UUUUCUAAAUGCGGGUGAUCAACACGGAUCUGAUUGAACUGAAUUCAGUCUGCAUUUCGUACACCAACGAACAGUUUCACUUAGAAAAUUGAUAAAUAAAAUCGGACAAAAAUACCGCACGGCAGACAACUUGUUGCGAAAUUCCUGACAAUUUCCGCGGGAAAUAUUGACACGAAAUCUCGAGCUGUCAAGUGUCAUUCAAUUUAUAGAAAAAAUGACAGCAGUGGGUACAGAGAUGCCUGUGAAGCAGGAUGACUAUGACAAUGGUGUGAACUCUGGGAACUACAUGGCAGGAAGUUGUGACAUCUUCAAAAGAAUAAAUGCCAUGCUUGACAACACACUAGAUCUGACCAACCUUGCAGCUUACAACAAUGAUCAAGCUAAGCAUGCUUUAGCCCAUAUGCCAAUUUUACCUGGUCCACAUAGUCAACAAGGAAUGAACCAUGGUACAAACACAGGUUACCAUGACAACCAGUAUAACAGUACCACAACAUACCCAGGCUUCCAGUUGUUCUACCCAAGCACUGCCAAUCAACAAUACCAUAACCAGAACUAUUCCUCACAGUACAAAUCUGACCCAUAUCAAGCAUAUGUACAACAGAAGUCUGACGUGUUCCCAAUAUCUCAACCAUACAGUAAACCAGACAACCAGAAUAUCCAAUUCUCUCAACCAUACAGUAAGCCAGACAACUCCAACAUUCAGAUGAACCAGCCAUACAGUAAACCAGUUUGUGACAAUAUCCAGUUCUCUCAACCGUAUAGUAAACCAUUGUCAGAGAACACGAAUAACCAGUUCAAACUAGAUAACAUGCCAACUAAUGCUAUCACCAAGACAACAGAGACACCACAGAAACCCUCGAGGGCCAUUAGAGGAUCCCCAAAUAAUUCUGCAUACAGUGAUUAUGAUUCUAGUACUGGAACGCCUAUGACCCCUUCAACUCCCUUGAACGAGACGUUAUCCCCGAUAGAACAGAUAUUUGGCCUGAUGUCCUCUGGCGGGAAACAGAUGUCAUCUAGAAGUAAUUCCCCGUAUGAUGCCGACACAAGUGGCUUCAGUAGUGAAGGAUCAGAGGCCGCCCUUAUUGACAUGAUGAACACAUUGAAGCUAAACAGUCGGGAAGCAAAAUCUCCCAUCACCGAUCUUUCCAAGCAGCUGUAUACUGCACAGCAGCAACAGCAGCAGCACCAACAGGCAGCUUUACAACAACACCAUCAGCAGCAACAGCAGCAGCUUGCCCAACAUCAGCAGCAACAACAACAGUUAAUACAGUACCAGGCACAACAAGCCCAGCAACAACAAGCCAACAGUCUAUCGAAUGCCCUAGCUUUGCCGUCCACAGAUCAGGUCAUAGGUAACAGAAUAUCAGGUCAGAUUCUACGUCCCUACAUGAUUGCAAACUUGGAUCCGUAUGCAAUAGAUAGAGCAGCAAGACUACACCGCAGUGCGGCAGGUAAUGCAAUGUGUGAAGCCAGCUGCACGUGGAGUGGAAAAAUUCCACCAAAGAACUACAAGAAUCCCACAACUUUCUCCUGCAAAGUUUUUCUUGGAGGUGUACCCUGGGAUAUCACUGAAGCUGGUCUUCAGGCAGCCUUUGACAAGUUUGGUAGUUUUAAGAUUGAAUGGCCAGGACGUGAUGGGUAUGUGUAUUUAUUGUUCGAGUCUGAGAAGGCUGUGAGGUCACUGUUACAGGAGUGUACCCAUGAUUACAGUACAGGAGAGUAUUACUACAACAUCUCCAGUCGUAGAAUGAGAUCUAAGGAGGUACAGGUAAUUCCAUGGAUGUUGAGUGAUUCAAACUUUGUACGUCAACCAUCACAGAGAUUGGAUGCCAACAAAACGGUGUUUGUCGGAGCACUGCAUGGAAUGAUCUCCGCCGAGACUCUCUCUGUCAUCAUGAAUGACUUGUUUGGAAAUGUUGUGUAUUCUGGGAUAGAUUGUGAUAAACACAAGUAUCCUAUUGGCAGUGGUAGGGUGACAUUUAGCAGUAGAAGAAGUUACAUGAAAGCUGUACAAGCAGCUUUCGUAGAAAUUAAAACACCCAAAUUUACAAAGAAGAUCCAGAUUGACCCGUACCUCGAGGACAGCAUCUGUACACUGUGUAACCUACAGCCCGGCCCGUAUUUCUGCCGCGAUCUGCAAUGUUUUAAGUACUUUUGCCGAACAUGCUGGUACUGGAAACAUGAACCAGACGCACUCAGGAACCAUAAACCUCUCAGCCGUAACACAAAGGGUCAUGCUAAUCUUGCAUUACUGUAAGUUUGAAGAAACGCUACAGUUGACACAAGUUUAAGACCAGAUAUUAUUUAUCAAGUCAGAAUCAAGUCAGAGCCAAGCAGUUUUGGAGCGAGACUAGAGAAAUUUUAAGGAAAAACAGGAAGUUCAGAGAAUGAGAUUGUUGAAAGAAAACUGUACUUUGUAAAGGAACUAAUCAUAAAAACCAUCCAGGAACUAACCAUAUUUAAUUAGGAACCAGGUAGUUCCAGAUAUUAGGGAGUUAACCAAUAUAUUGGGGGGAACCAGAUACCAGUUAAAUCACUGGAGCAAGGAACCAGGGAGGUUCGUGUAAAAUGAACUGAAUCUGCAGGAACCAGAUAGGUCAGUUUAGCUGGAUUUUGAUGGUACAAACCUUAGGAAAUGUCUUUCAUGUUUUUGUUGUCUUUCAUAGUGUAGAUGUAAAAAAUUAUGUUGAUUUGUUAAACUUUACUUGACAGAGCUGAUUUAUUGUUAUUAUUAUAUAUUGAAUUUUAUAUUGUGCUGAAAGUGUGCUCUGUGGAAUUUCUGUUGUUAUAAAUUUUAUUAAUUUUGACAGUAGUGAUAAAUUUAGUAAUGAACUAAAAAAAAUCUGAAAAAUCUGGGGAAAAAAAUGUCACAAAAAUUUGUUUACUUAGUUUUGUUCCUUUUACAUUUUGUUUGUGUAAAUCUUUUCUUAACUUUUGUAUUUUCUAUUUCUUGAUCUCCCUUUCCUUCCAGCUUUGUUGUUUCUUUACUGAUAUCUCUUUAUUUGUUUUCAAACUCUGCUUAUUCUCUUUGGUUUUCAUACUUACAUUUUCUUGAGUAGUAAGUAGGGAGGGUGUGAUAAAUUUUUUCUCCAACCUUUAAACCUAUCUAGCUUUUCAAUGUAAUUUUUGUUCGCUCUGUUUACUAGUUGUUUCUUCUCUGUGCAUUUCUAUUUUUCGUUUAACUUUUUACUAUCUUCUUUUUCAAUUAGUUAGUCUUUAAUGAUUUUAUUCACCUUUUGUAACACUUAACUGUUUUUUCCCCACUUUUUGUAUUUCCCCUGUUUGUUCUUAUGUGUUUACAAAUUUAAAUAAGUAAUUAGUUGACUUUCUAGGGUUAAUUGCCAAUUUUAAAAAGUAUUGAUUAAUUGCCAAUUAAGUAUUGCUUAAUUUACAAUCUGUCAUUACAUUGUAUGAGUUUCUUCUCCAAUUUUCUUCUCUUUCAUUACUUCCCUUAACUAAUUGUUAACUUUGUUCUCUUUGUCAGUCCUCUUGUGUGUUUAUUUGCCUUAUGUGGAGCUUCUAUAGACACAUGUUUCUUCUUUGUAUCAUUCUUACCAUGUGUGUUUUCUGCUUUCUGUGAAACUUUUCCCUUAGAUCUUUUCUUCCUUCUUUUACUAAAAUUGUAUAUGUGUUUAAUGUUUGUUUAACUUUGUGUGUUCAUUAAUUUAUUGUGCAUAUAUUUUGAAUCAAGUGCUAUUACAUAUUUAUUUUUGUUGCCCAAUUUGAACUAUUUGUACAUAUUUUAUUAUAUUUUCAUAAAUGGCUUUGUUUGGAAGUUCAGUGCAAGAGCAUUGUACUUUCCUUGUAUAAAUUUGCUUAAAUCACCCAAGAAGGAACUAUUUUGUAAUAGCCUUAUACGCAAAGAAACUUUGAAAAUUUAGUGAUAGAGUGAUUUCUUUUAGCUGGAUCAGUCUGUCAUUAAAUUCUCAAGAGCCUUUGAAAUAUUGAGUAACCAUACGAAAUACACAAGUGCUACUGUCAGAAAAUUAGAAAGAUUUUAUUGAGUUAGAAACAAGUGUCUGUGUAUUUUAAUUAUUUAUUGUUUAAAUAUUGCAGUCAUUUUAUUAGCAAAUGAAUUCCCAAUCAAUUUAUAAAUCACAUGUACAAAAGUUUGAUUACGUUAUGAUUUGAUGGAACUAAUUAUCAUAAUUAUCUUACAAAUUUUUACCUAAUAAGGACUGCAUUUUUCAUAUACAACCUUGUCUUAGUUUUUACAAAUUUAGUUUAAGUAAUUAGUUAACUUUCUAGGGUUAAUUCCCUAUUAAGAAUUGAUUAAUUGCCAAUUAAGUAUUGCUUACAUUCAAGUAAUUAGUUUAAUUUUCUAGGGUUAAUUGCCUAUUAAGUAUUGAUUAAUUGCCAAUUAAGUAUUGCUUACAUUCAAGUAAUUAGUUAACUUUCUAGGGUUAAUUGCCAAUUAAGUAUUGAUUAAUUGCUAAUUAAAUUAAGUAUUGCUUAAUUUACAAUCUGUCAUUACUUUGUCCAGUUUUUAAAGCUCUUAAUAGGGGAAAAUACUUUCAUUCAUAAUUUCAGCUUAUAGUGUCUUAGCAAAAUUUUUACAUUCUAAUUAAGGAAAUUAAAUGUAGCUCAAAGUUUAUUGCUGUGAGGGUUUCAGCAUCAUUCUGCAGAGAAAUUGAUAAGUUUUUAAACUACAGAUGUAUAUUGUGGAUGAAGGUGUAAAUUCACACAUUUUACAUUGAUACAAUUUUUUUUAUCAUUUUUUUUUUUGCCUUUAAGAUUUUAUGCUAUUUAUUGAAUAAUCCCUUAAACCAUUGAUAAAUAUACAUCUAAACAUAUCAAAAAAAUUUUUUUUUGAAGAAAUGGUAAUUUAAAACUCAUCUGUGCUAAUUGCUGGAUCUGUUUUGAUGUGAUUGUGCUAUGUCCGCCAACAUAAGGGUCGUUACCUGUAUUUUCCUUUAAUAUACAUAUGUACUUUUAACAGCUACAACUUUAUUAGAUUUCUCAGUGAUAGGAAUUCACUUCCAAAGACAUUGCCCUCAAAUUUGUUUUCCAGAACAUCUGUCUGUAAAACAGAACUUGAAAUCAUAAAAAUAACCAGAAAAAAAACCAUGACAAAUUCGUUGAACGGUUCCAAAACAUGGUUUUCAAAUUUGGAGAUCAUGUGAUUUUUUUUUUCGCUGAUCUAAUAUUCCUAAGAGGUUUUCUGUUCAUGCAAGUGAUUGCAGGUUUUCUGUUCAUGUACUUGAUUGCAGGUUUUCUGUCCAUGUACGUGAUUGCAGGUUUUCUGUUCAUGUACUUGAUUGCAGGUUUUCUGCCCAUAUACAAAUGUAUAUGAUUGCAGGUUUUCUGUCCAUGUACAUGAUUGCAGGUUUUUCUGUUCAUGUACGUGAUUACUUAGGGCUUUAAAAGUGUUUGUGUGCUAUCAUUAUUUGUCAGGUGAGCGGAGGAGGACUGUUGUGUCUUUUACUUCUUUUCAAAUAUUACUUUUGGCCUACUGUUUAUUUAAAUGCCCAUUUUAGGGCUUUAUCGAUAAAGAAAAUUGAAAAGAAAGGUUUAAGAGGUUAUUUCAGUGCUAUUUACCAUCUUGUUUUAGAAUUUAAGUUCAUUUUCAGUUAAUCUUAAACAUGUUAAUUUCGAAAUUAAUAUGUGGUAAAGUGUUGGUUUUUAUUCAUGUCUAUUUAAUGAUAUACUCACUCUUUUUAACAGUUUAGUAUCAAAUCUCUUGUUUACAAACAGGAUUUAAUUUUUUUUAAUGUUUACUCAUUUUAAAGGUAUAGGAUUAAGACACUUAAUGAUGUAAUUUUCAACAUUUUAUAUGUCACCAGAAAACAAGAUUUUAUCUUUUGGUUCAGUAUUUUGGUAAGAAAAAAACACAGGUAGUGUUUGCUUGUAAAUGAGUUCUUUAUUAUAAGAAAAACUAGAAUAAAAUUCUUUUAACGAAGGGCAUAGGUAAUGCGAGAUUUUAAAGCUUAAAGGAUGGGACUAUAGAGCUUAAGCUCCAUCAGUUGUAUUUAAUUGACAUACAGCUUUUCUCUUUUCGUCAGACAAGAAAGUUACUGAAAAUAUAUGAAUUAUAUAUUUAGGAAUAUGAACAGUGUUUGAAUAAAUAUCAGAAUAGUAUAAGGUUUAAGUAUACUGUAUGGAAAGUAUUUGUUUGAAUAUAUGAACAUGUUUAAAUAUAUGAACAGUAGGUUUAAAUAUUUGGACUGAAGGUAUACAAAUAUGAACAGAAUGUUUGAAUAUAUGAACAGGUUUAGAUAUAUAGAAAGUAGGUACUAGAAUAUUUACACAGUAUGUUUAAGUAUUAAAUAUAUGGACAGUUGGUAUACAUUAUGUUUGAAUAUAUGAACAGUAUGUUAAAGUAUAUGAACAGGUUUAGGAUUUUGGUACAAGGAAAAGUGAAAUUAAGGAAAUAAGGUUAAGGAAAAACAUGAAAAGUGAGAUUAAUUUACAGUUAAGCCAGUAAGAUACUUUUCAUUGGCCAGUUUGCAUAGCAGAGAAACAUAUUUAUAUGCAUAAUGGAUAGAUACAGUUUUUUCAAGAUACUAAAAUUUAAAGAACAAAAAAAAUAUUCUCAGAAAGUUGUAUAUCACAAAUAUUUAUUGAAUGAUUAACAGUUCAGAUGGAAUCUAGCAAAUUUGAAAACGUCAUUGGAGAGAAGUAAAUGUUUCGAAGUGCAAGAUAUUUGAAAUGUUGAAAUAAAAUGGAUGAACAGUAUUCUAAAGUUUACGAAAAGUAAUCUACUAAAUAAAAAAGAUUAAAGACAAACUUUGAAUAGAUGAAAUAUGAAAAGUUCAUUUUGUUAAAUCAUAAUUAUGCUGAAAAAAUGUUGCAGGCGUAUUUUGAAAAAUAAAGUUUGGGUUGCUUGAAUGUACUUUUCAUAUCUCAACUAAAUUUAAAUGCAUAAAACAGAUUUCAGAUUUGUGUCAGUCGCUGAAGGAGAUGAUUUUGUUUCCAUCGAACAUCUAUAAAUAGAUCCUGUAGAGUGUGCUUCCAAGAGAAUCUGGAAAGUAAAGAACUUACAGAUUAUUUUUUUUUGAAUACCAGAUAAAUUUAGCAUUGUUGUAUAUAUUUAUAUUUUCUAUUUUUCGUUUUGUUUAUUUAUUUUCACUGCAGAAAAUUUUUUGCACAGUUUAUUUGAGCAUCAGAAAUGGUUGAAAAUUAAAGAAUAUUUUUCAGCCAAAAAA